CGGGAUAUUUCCAAAAACAAUUAUGAUCAAACAAUGAGCCUUAAAAUAUUGAUGCAUUGACAAGUAUACAACAACCUAUUGAUGCAGUGUAUGUCAAUAACGUCGUUUGGGUUGCCCGUUAGGGCAACGCAUGACCAUUUGGAACGGAGAUUGACGGAAUAAUAAACCGUCUAGACAGACCCCGUAACCCCUUUCCGUCUCCAGUCCCCUCUGGGCUUCCACCACCAAUAGAGCCGCGCAUGAUAAUCACACCCUUUCUCACUCUACUUUCCUAUUCUAUAUUAUCACACCACACUUUCCUAUCCCUCGCCGGAUUUCGAUCGUAGAAUCCAUUUUCUCCGAUCACCUCCGUCCCUAUUUUAUUUCUUCUGUACGGACGAUACUCCGUAUUCCUGGUGACUAAUUGUUUGUUUUGCGGAAUGUUCAUUGAAUGACAGCUUGCUUUCAAGUUUCAACAUAUUUUACUCAUUGUAUGUCAUAAUGGGAUCUGCUUGCUGUAUAGCUGCAAAAGAUAGAACCACAGCAAAUCGAUCUACCCGUGAUAUUUUGCACAGGAACGUUAGAUAUUCACCAUCUUGGAGCUUUCGUUGGGAUAAUCGAGGGCGAGUAGUAGGGGAAGACACCACUUUUAAUUGGUCUUCUGAUGGAGUUAGUGGUACUGAUAGAUUUGAUUUUAAGUCUAGGACAACAGUAGAAGCAGUAUUUGCCUCUGAAGAGGGAAGCCCAUUGGAUAGUUUCCGGUCGCAUCCCUGGCAGAAGUCACCAACAUCUGAAAGAAAUGGUGAAAUUAUAUCACAUCCUUCCUCAGAUCCUUUUGUGGCCACAAAUUCUACAGAGAUAACGGAGUCAACAAGAUUGCCUGCAGUAACUUAUCCUUCUCCUGCACAACCAGCCUCACCUUUAUCUAAUGAUGAAAGUCAACAGCUUCCUUCUGGGAAAUUGGCUCCCUCAAGUUCUCUCAUGCUACCAGGUUGGAGCAAUGAAUCAAAUCAUGGAUCCCAUGGUGGAUCAUCAGAUGGUUGGUCCAUUCCCACAUUUCAUGAAUUCCUACCAACUCCUCCACGUAGAGAAAGGUGGUCUUUUGACAGUGAAAACUUAAGUUUCUUUUGUGGGAGAACUUCUAGUUCUCCCUCUUUAGAUCUCAGAACAUGUGGUAUUUGUGUCAAACUAUUAACUGAGAAAUCCUCAUGGGGUGGUAGGAAAGCAAUAUCCUCUAAUGAAAUUGCAGUUGUUUCUGUCCUGACAUGUGGGCAUGCUUUCCAUGCGGAGUGUUUGGAGAAUAUGACAUUGGAGGUCAACAAGUAUGACCCGGCUUGCCCCAUCUGUACUCUUGGGGAGAAACAGGUGUCUAAAAUGUGCGAGAAGGGUCUGAAAGCCGAGACGAACGCGAAAGCUAGAAAGAAAUACAGGAAUCGGGUUGUGGACAGUGAUUUCAAUGGAAACCUUGCAGGCAUGUUAGACGUGGGAAGGUGUCCCAAGACAAGCUCUACAGGCAGGCCAUCAUUGAGACGGCACUUUUCAUUUGGUGGAUCAAAGGGGACGCCGAGAUCUUUGUCUGAGAAUGAUCCUGCUCGCAAAAGGGGUUUUUUCUGGACAAGAUCUAGCAAGGAGAAAGCUUCUUCAUGGGCACCACAAUAAAACUGAGAAGGGCCAUCUUCUGGAGCUCUGUACCUCUGCUGGUCAUCGGAGGGCUGGAAAGGAGUUGAGGAGGACCUCACAGGGGGUAUGAAUGUAUGAUUAGGUUGCUAUGUUGUCAGAUUUAGGUUAAGCUUCUGCAAACAGAAUAUAGAAUGUAAAGAAGGGGAAGAAGAACAGAUUGAAGGUUCCCAUAAGCAUAUGAAAAAAGAUAAAGUGGAAAAUUACGAUGCUUAAUUAUAUCUCAUUUUGUUUUGUGGGUUUUAACUUAUUUAUUGUGUACAUUUGGUUUGGUUUUGUUUGAUACAUCUCUAGUGCAUGAAUUAUUGUAAUUGAUGGCAAUUAGCAUUUUCAUCGUGGUCAGAAAACUAAUAGUUUAUAUUAAUUAGGAUAGGGGUGGACUCG